GGAGAGUGAAGACACCGUUGCUUAUUCUAGGGAUUUUGAAAAAGACCCUAUUUUGGUACACGGUGGACAACAGGAAUGGGAAUCCUGUGCUGUGGGGUGUAAAUUCGGGGCUUCCUCCGGCAAAAAGCCUGAUGCUGCAUUUGGAUCUAUCCAAUCAGGUGGGACAGCUGGAGUGCUUCGGUCAAUGGAGUCUGCUGAGUACUAUUCUGAGAACAACAUUGCUCAGGCAAGACGGUGGGAGGGGAUAUGAUGUUGUGAUGACUACAAGUCUUUCUUCAGAUGUUCCUGUUGGGUAUUUUUCAUGGGCCGAGUAUGACAUUAUGGCACCAAUCCAACCUAAGACACAGAAAGCUAUCGCUGCUGCAUUCAUAUCUAAUUGUGGGGCUCGUAACUUUCGGUUGCAAGCUCUUGAAGCACUUGAAAGAGAAAGCAUCACCAUAGAUUCAUACGGUAGUUGUCACCGGAACAAGAAUGGUGAUGUGAAGAAAGUAGAUACUUUGAGGCACUACAAAUUCAGUUUGGCCUUUGAAAAUUCGAAUGAGGAGGAUUAUGUUACUGAAAAAUUCUUCCAGUCUCUUGUAGCUGGAUCUGUUCCCGUUGUGGUUGGUGCUCCAAAUAUCCAAGAUUUUGCUCCUUGCCCUGGUUCUCUUUUACAUAUAAAGAAGCUUGAAGAUGUUGAGUCAGUGGCCAAGACGAUGAAGCACCUUGCUGAAAAUCCAAGUGCAUACAAUCAGACCCUAAGGUGGAAAUUUGAGGGUCCAUCUGAUUCUUUCAAAGCCCUAGUUGACAUGUCAGCAGUUCAUUCAUCUUGCCGCUUGUGCAUUCACUUGGCAACAAGGAUCUAUGAGACAGAGGAGAAAGGUACAAACUUCACAAAACGUCCGUGCAGAUGUUUGAGGGGUUCAGAAGCUGUCUAUCAUGUAUAUGUACGUGAAAGAGGAAGGUUUAAUAUGGAGUCUAUUUUCUUGAGGUCAACUAAUUUAACAAUGGAGGCCUUCAAAUCGGCUGUGUUAAAGAAGUUCCAGUCUAAGAAGCAUGUUCCCAUUUGGAAACAAGAAAGGCCCCCGGUUCUGCGGGGAGGAGACGAACUCAGCGUGUACCGCAUAUAUCCUCUUGGGUUGACUCAGAGACAGGCGCUCUAUACGUUCAGAUUUAAUGGGGAUAGUGAGUUAAGGAAGCAUAUAGAAAGCAACUCUUGUGCAAAGUUCGAAGUCAUAUUUGUAUAAUUAGAUUAACUUCUGAUUCUCAUGUCAUGUGACCUCAUUAACUGUUAGAUCAGUGUACUAGUGUAGGCCAUAAAUUUUGCAACGGGUUAUUGACUUUAUUAAGGUUGAGCCAUCAUGGAAUCCUUUUGUUUUUUCUUACACGAAUAUCAGGUUUAUGUAAUGAAGUUGUUUAUGAUAGACAUAGACCUCAAAUCUCAAUCCUAU